UAAAUUCGGGGCUUUCAAAACAUAUACAAGGCUUCGCGUCCCCAACAUGUUCCUUGUUCCCAAGAAGCGCGCUCACCUCGUAGAUGGCUGUAACAGCCAUGGCGCCAAAUUCAAGAAAACGAGCAGUGCCCAUCAUCGACCUCACUGGCGACUCCGAUUACGACUUUGAUAUUCAGCGGCGACCAUCAAAACACUUGAGAGAGAAUACGGGAAGCUUUCCGUCAAGCCAGACUUCGUAUUCCAGCGGCUCCUCGUCCGCCAGCUUUGGAUUCUCUCAAACUCAUUCUCAGUUUAGUCAAGGCCAACUUGAACUACCAGCACGAAGUCAAGCAAGCCAGUUCCGCCAGGAUGAGGACGGAGGGAAUGAGCUGGUCGACGAGGAUGACGCGCGUUACGAGGAUGUGGACCGAUAUGUUCUCUACGGAGUCCUCAACACGAAAAUUGUCGGCGUGAGAUAUUAUUCCGGGUACAUUUCAAUGCACGAAAUGGUGUGCCUUUUUCGCGAGCCUCACAACCCGUAUGACAAUAAUGCUAUCCAAGCAAAAAACGUGCGGGGCAUUCAAAUUGGACAUAUCCCUCGUACAAUUGCCGCAAAGCUGGCACCUUUCAUGGAUGACAUGUCGCUGAUUGUCGAAGGCCAGACCACGGGCUUCAAAGACGUGUAUGACUGUCCAAUCCAGUUAAGACUAUACGGUACCUACGACCCUGUUGAACGUGCCAAUCUCAAGGCGCGUAUGAAGGCGUACAAGCUGCCAUUAACAGAGUUGAAUCAACGAGAGCGAGAAGAGAAUGCACGCAUUUUAGCGCAGCAGAAAAGAGAGAAGGAAUUGCAAAAAAUGCUCAAGGCAGCGAAUAAAGGCCCAUACAGUGUGGCGAACGGUCUGCGUGGUGAUGAGCAUAUGCUUGUCAGUGAGUCCGCCAGAAGCUCCAGUGACGGAGCUGGACUUGCGCUGGAGCAUAUCAAGGAUCAAAGCAUCAGGUUCAGUCCAAGGAAUGUGGAGGAAAUGGUCGAACGUUUUGGGUUGAAGGAAGAGCAUCUUGCAAAUAUGGACGUCGAAUCACAGCCUUUGUCAAUCAAAACGCGGAUGUUACCAUAUCAAUUGCAAGGCCUCAAAUGGCUGCUACAGAAGGAGAGUCCGGAGCUACCGACAAAAGGCUCUACAAAGAUCCGUCAGCUAUGGCAGAGACAUAAUCGUGAUCCGAACUUGUUCACCCAUUUGGCCACAGCGUUUUCAACAGGAGACCCAUGUCUAGCUUCUGGAGGCAUACUUGCAGAUGACAUGGGUCUUGGCAAGACGGUGCAAAUGAUCGCCUUGAUAAUGGCAGAUCGCACCAGGUCUAAGGGGCCUCAUGGAGCUACACUCAUUGUAGCCCCGCUCUCGGUAAUGAGCAAUUGGAGCGGCCAGAUUGAGCACCACGUCAAACCCGAGCAUACCUUAAGGGUGACGACGUAUCAUGGAACAAGGAAGAUCGAUCUCAAUGCAAAGUCCAUCGCAGAAUAUGACGUUGUAAUCACAACGUACGAUACAUUGAUGUCUGAGUAUUGGAAUGGCAACAAGAAGCCUGCUCCUGUUCCUCGGCAGACCGGUUUGUUCUCGAUCAACUGGCGGAGAAUUAUCCUUGACGAAGGACACGCGAUUCGUAAUCCCUCUACAAAGAAAGCAGUAGCGGCGUGCGACCUGCGGGCCCAAUCACGAUGGGUUCUAACAGGAACCCCUAUCAUUAAUAGCCUCAAGGAUUUGUAUAGUCUGGUCAAAUUUCUCCGUCUCUCCGGAGGCUUAGAGAGCUACGAUUUGUUCAACCGUGCUCUGAUUCGACCUAUUCAAGCCGGCUCUGACUCGGGAAGCAGGCUCUUGCAGAUUUUGAUGCAAGACAUCACGCUACGUCGAAAGAAAAACAUGAAGUUCGUGGACCUUAAACUACCCGAAAUUUCAGAAUAUAUCCACAAGAUCGAUUUCCUGCCGCAUGAAAAAGAGAAAUAUGAAGCACUUGAAAAGGAAGCUAAAGGCACAUUAGAUAGCUACCAAGCACGGCGGAAUAUGUCCAGUGCUGAGGCACUCAAGGCGUACCGCAAUUUACUGGAGAUCCUGCUCCGCCUACGUCAAGUCUGCAAUCACUGGAAACUGUGCGGCACGCGACGAUUCGAACACUUACUAAGUCAAGGACCUGUCCUUGAGUUGACACCCGAGAACAAAAAGGCCUUGCAGGAUAUGCUCCAGCUGUCCAUCGAGACUCAAGAAGAGUGCCCGAUUUGUUAUGACGUGCUUAAAGAUCCUGUUAUCACGGUGUGCACGCAUCCUUUCUGUUAUGCAUGCAUUGAGAAAGUUAUCAACUUGCAACACAAAUGUCCUAUGUGCCGUGCCGACCUUGAUGGCACAGAGAAGCUUCUUCGACCAGCGAUUGAAGCUGGAAGUAUUUCAUCAAUUGAUGAGAACGAAAGUAGCAGCAAGAUCGAGGCACUUUUACAUAUUUUGAAAGCCAGUGCGAAGAACUCUGGUACGAAAACCAUCGUGUUUAGUCAGUGGACUUCGUUUCUAGACGUCCUUCAGGUGCAGUUGACGAAGCAUAACUUUCAAUUCACUCGCAUCGACGGCUCGAUGCCGCCACUUGCUCGUGAUGCAGCCAUGGAAGCCCUUUCCACCCGGCCUGAUUGCACAAUCAUGCUGGCUUCAUUGGCUGUGUGCAGCACUGGCUUGAAUUUGGUUGCGGCCAACCAGGUCAUCCUCGCCGACAGCUGGUGGGCUCCAGCAAUUGAAGAUCAGGCAGUAGAUCGUGUGCAUCGGCUUGGACAGACAAAGCCAACCACAGUAUUCAGGUUGGUCAUUAAGGGUACUUUUGAAGAAAGAGUGUUAGAGAUACAGGAGGAGAAGAGAAAGUUGAUGCAGCUUGCUUUUGCGGAAAAGGGAGAUAAGAGAGGGAAAAGGGGAGAUACUGGGACAGUCGCACAGAUUGCAAGACUUCUCCGUUGACAAAAUAAUCUGUAGGGCUACUCGUGUGCAAUAUGAUCUUGCAGCAUUCAAACACGCGGACUACAAGGUAGGUGGUUUUUUAUAUACGACUCUGCGGAAGGCGAUGUCGGCGUUGACGCGGUGUCGUCGUAAAUAAUACCCUUAGUAGAGCCUGCUACAUUGGUCUAGUGGUGGACAAUGAAAGAUAUUUUGAUUUUCCGUUCGUGGGAGGGUUGCUCAGACGUGAAUU